UAAACUGCUUAUAGUUACUCGGCUCUUCGCUGGAAGCAGGCGUGAUUUUAAAAAGUAUCUUGAUGUUUUAAUGAAGGUCAAUCUGUCAUUUUCUUUAAAUAGACUCUAAAUGUCGUUCCAGAAGUGUCUGUCCCCUCCCGGACACCGUCCUUCCUGGUGUGGGUGUGGACACAGAUGACUACACAAAUAAUGGAGAAGCAGCUACACAACUCUGCCUCUUGAAAAUAGUUUUAAAUGUAAAUAGUUUCCCCUUCGUUUUCUGGUUGUAGCUUGUAGCUGGUAUGCUGUGUCAGGAUGGGAAAUAUUUUUGGCAAAAAGAAACAAACUCGAGUGACAGAACAAGACAAAGCAAUUUUGCAACUGAAACAGCAAAGAGAUAAGCUGAGGCAGUAUCAGAAGAAGAUCAACGUGCAGCUGGAGAAGGAGAGGCUUCUGGCCAAACAGCUGCUGAAGGAUGGCAAAAAGGAGAAAGCUCUCCUCUUGCUGAAGAAGAAGCGCUACCAGGAACAACUCCUGGACAAGACGGAGAACCAGAUAAGCAACCUGGAGCGCAUGGUUCAAGACCUCGAGUUCGCCCAGAUCGAAAGGAAAGUCAUCGAUGGACUGAAAGUUGGAAAUGAAUGUCUGAAAAAAAUGCACGAGGCGAUGUCUAUUGAAGAAGUAGAACGCAUCAUGGAUGAAACUCAAGAUGCCAUUGAGUACCAAAGGCAAAUUGACGACAUGCUGGCUGGGUCCUUAUCUCAGGAGGAUGAAGAUGCUGUGCUGGCUGAACUGGAGGCUAUAACUCAGGGAGAUGUCGAGCUUCCUGAAGUCCCUUCGGACAAACUGCCAGAAGUCCCAGAGGCCGCUGAGGAGAAACCAGAGCGGGAACGAGCCAAAAAGAAGCCGGAGCGAGAGGCGCUUGCCGUGUAGGAACGUGACUGACUACAGCUGAAAGACCUUCACGAACCAACGACCACACAAACAUUUAGCUGAGAGCUUCGUCUCCUGUGUCACAGCGACAGCAGCCAGGCUCACAUUGUCCCACCCAGCGGCUGUUUAUCGGGUUUAUACGUGAAGCGAGUCAGGACCGUUUCACCGCAGCCACAAAUGCUGAUUCAAACCAUGAAGACCUGUGAGAUCCGAUAAUCGUGCCUAACUUUUGUUUGAUUAGUGUACCAUAAAUCAGUGGACAUACAGUGACCUAAAUCCAUGUAUAUAUGUCAUUUUAAUUCAUCUUUCUACACAUACCUGAUGGUUACUCUUUUUAAAGGGCCAGUUCACCCAGAUGACACAGAUAUUUACCUAAGUGCGUCUGGCUGCCAUGCUUUAGUUCUGUUUGCUCAGAGACACUAAUUAGAAUUUCUGCCUCAGCACAAGAGAAGUUUAAAGGCUCAAAAAUACCACACAGUCGUCCUCAGAGUGGUGUGAAUGCCUUUAACUGGGACUGCUUUUUGCUAAACAGCUGCAGGAAAUCUCGCUGAGAUUAAAUUGCUUUUUGCAGAAUAUAUAGAGUACCAGUCAAAGGUUUGGACACACUUACCCAUUCAUAUGAAUUGGUAAAUGUGUCUGAACUAGUACUGUAUAUCUGUUCUGUCAUUUUCCUGUGAGGAAGGGCUAAACGUUCAGAAGAUGGUGGUGUGAUCUGAGGAUCUGCUCCAUCGUCCUCUCAUCAGUUUGUCCCCCUGCGUCCAGUAACUGAUACCAGAACAGCAGGGUAAAGGAUCAGGAGUUAUCCAUCCAUAUUACAGAUUUUCAGCAUGAACAGAAAUAACAUUGUCUAUACUAGCAGGAGAGCCUUGUUCACAUACAGUGAUGAAUUAUUCAGCCUAACAUCUGCCUGAGUCUUUACUUUAAAAAAAAAAAAUAUAAUUCUACUAACUCAUUCAGCCUGUUUUUAUCCGUGUCAAAUGUUUCUCCUCUAACCUCUCUGCAUCAAACACACACCUGCUGAAACAUGAGGAUUGCAGUGAAACGACUGUCUCUGCAAACACACAGUUACAGUAAGCUUUCAUUUAAAGUCACUUAAAGCUUCGGCUUUCUCGUGUUUUCAGAUGAUGGAUGAGUGGAGCUGCUCACUGCACACACAUUCAUCUCAGUGAGGGCACAGGUGUGAGCACAAGCUUGUGAAUAUGUGUUGCAGUUGUCUGUUGGAUGCCAACUAUAGUGAGUUAGAUGACAAUUAAAUGGGAAAUGACAAUAAAUAGGGAAAUAAGCUUAAAUCGCCACGAUCAGGAAGCUGUUGCUGAGCAUCGUUGAUGGUUGAGAUCCUCGCCCACAGUCCUGCCUGGCGCCCGUUGAGCUUUUCUUAGAAGUGUUUUUCUGCCAUCUAAUAACUUAUUUUUUGAGUGUAAAAAGGGACAGCUAGAUGUGAUUUCUGCAAGCUUUUAAAAAUCUCUAGAUAUAAAUCAAGGUCUUCCUGGAUUUACACGCAGCAACAGGAUCAAGUGAUGAAUGCAUUUUUCUUGUGAUUUGAGUGAACUGACCCUUUAAGGCAGGUAGACCAUAACAGCAGGUGUAUUUUCUCUGUCGAGUCUUUGCUGUCUUCUUCUUACUGUACCGGGCCUCGUCUUCGUCAGGCUUUGCUUUCUGACCCACCCUGAAAAAAACCCCAGUUUGCAUCAGUUUCACAGAAUAUUCUCUCAGUCUGACCCGUUUCCAAGCAGCUUAGCUAAUCUAAUUCCUGCUCCCCUUGUGGAUUAGUUCAGUGUCAUUGGAGAAAGGGCUAAUCAUAUCGUCUGUGUGCUUACCUCUGACGCCCACACAACAGCUGGUAAUCUCUCCAAGGUAAUAACUUGAUAGAACCCACCGAGUAUUAACAAAACUAUAAUUAUUUCAGUGUGUGUAUCAUGUUUUAGAUUUUCUUACAUGUCUAAGUGCAGCAAGAAGGGUGGCCUACAUCCAGAAGGCUUAAGCUUGUGUAUCUUUGAAGAUGCAUCUAACUAAUCAGUUAAUCUCACAGACAAGAAACACUGAUGACGAAUGCUGACAGGCUGCAUUUCUUCAGGCCUGCGCCAAACUGCUUGUCUUAAAAUGGCCUCAGAAAUUGUACCUUUACACAUUCUUUUUAUAAUAAAAGUGCUUUUUUUG